AUGCAGGAUACGACAGACACUCAUGAGAUUGAAGGCCAAGAAACCUACUUGGAAGGCGAUGAAAUUGAACAAGUGAUUGAUAUUGAACAAGAUAAUGAACCCAUGAGUGAGGAUGACGAUGCUUUAGAUACUGCUGAAGUCGAUCAGGAUACUGUCAAUGCUUCUAAUAGCAUGACUUUUACAGAUGACUCCAUUCAAGGUUUUUUCGAACACCGAGAGCCUGUGUAUGCCGUGGCUCUUCAUCCAAUCGAUCAAACAAUUGCAGCCUCUGGAGGUGGUGAUGAUCGUAGCUACUUGUGGAGGAUGGAUACUGGCGAAAAGGUAUACAAUCUUGCAACUCAUUCUGAUUCUGUCAUUGCCAUAUCGUUUAGCAAUGAUGGUUUGUAUGUGGCCAGUGGAGGCAUGGAUGGUAAAGUUUUUGUUUUUCGAGUAAGCGAUGGUCAUCUUGAGCAAGAACUGGAUGGGCCUCCCGAGAUUAAUUGGCUCAAUUGGCAUCCCAAAGGAAAUGUUAUUCUUGUAGGAGGAGAUGAUGGAUCUGUAUGGAUGUGGCGGAUUCCAUCUGGAAAAUGCAUGUCAGUUAUGUACGGACAUUCUGGAUCUGUAACGUGUGGCCAGUUUACUCCCGAUGGGAAAUCAAUUGUGACUGGAUCUGCAGACGGAACUAUCAUUGUUUGGGAUCCAAAAACUUCAACAUCCCUUUGCCGUUUUACUGGUGAUGAUGCACGCUUCCAUCAAACUCCAAUCAAUACACUUGCCAUCAAAAGUGACUCCAGUCUUGCUAUAUCUGCCGGUCAAGAUGGUAGCGUUCGGUUAUUGCAUAUUGGAAAUGGAAGAAUUUUGGCAGCAUUAGACAGUCAUCAGGAAUCGGUUGAAACUGUAGAUUUUUCUGAUUUUCUCCCAUACGUUUCUACCGGAUCGAUUGAUGGGAAAAUACAUACCUGGGACAUUACCACAUUACGAAUCAGACAUACGGUUCAGCAUGAUGACGCUGUAAUCAAACUACAAUGGCACAAGUCAAUGCCAUAUUUUACUUCGUGCUCGGCUGAUAUGACGAUCCGCACAUGGGAUGGCAGAUCUGGAGAAUGCUUGAAAAUCUGGCGUGGUCAUCAAGCACCUAUUUUAGAUUUUAGUGUUCGUGCAGAUGGAAGAGUGGUUCUCACAGGUUCAGAUGACGGCAACUCGCUUGUUUUUCAAAACAAUAUGUUGGAAAACACUCAUUAAUAACCUCGACGACACGUUGAUAUUUUCAAUGAAUCUGGUCAUUUAUUUAGCACUCUUGCGUUUAAUAGACGAGUUUUACUGUUUACAUCAACUGGUUUUUACUGGUUUUUACUAGUUUUUUUGUUAUUUCAAGUCCAGUCGCAAUAAACAACAUUUAAAUCGAUCGCAC